CAAGCGAGAGGCUGGCGGAGGGAGCGGGCCGGAGCGGGCGGCCGAGGGGCGGGGGACAGGAAGGAGGGCGGCGGGCGCAGGGAAGGGGAGAGGUGGGGAGUGCGGGGGGAGCCGGCGGGCGGGGAGAGCGGCGGGCGGGGAGGGGAGCGCCUCCCCCUCGCCUUCAGCGCUCCGCUUCCCCUCGCCCGCUCCCGCGUCCGAGCGCGACCCGCUGCCGCCGCCGCCGCCGCCGCCACCGCGCCCGCCGCCGCCAGCAUGCCCGGCGUGGCCCGCCUGCCGCUGCCGCUGCUGCUCGGGCUGCUGCUGCUCCCGCGCCCCGGCCGCCCGCUGGAUUUGGCCGACUACACCUAUGACCUGGGCGAGGAGGACGACUCGGAGCCCCUGAACUACAAAGACCCCUGCAAGGCGGCUGCCUUCCUCGGGGACAUCGCCCUGGAUGAGGAGGAUCUGAGGGCCUUCCAGGUGCAACAGGCCUCAGACUUCAGACAGCGUACCAUCCGCAGGUCUUCCAUCACAGCUGCAGGUACACUGGGAAACUCCUCUACCCCCAGCUGCCAGCAGGCUAACGGGCAGCCUCAGAGGAGAAGCCCGGGGAGGUGGAGAAGCAGGUCCCGGAGCCGGCGGGCGGCGACGUCCAGACCGGAGCGCGUGUGGCCGGAUGGGGUCAUCCCCUUUGUCAUUGGGGGAAACUUCACCGGUAGCCAGAGGGCCGUCUUCCGGCAGGCCAUGAGGCACUGGGAGAAGCACACCUGUGUCACCUUCCUGGAGCGCACCGACGAGGACAGCUACAUUGUAUUCACCUAUCGACCCUGCGGGUGCUGCUCCUACGUGGGUCGCCGUGGUGGGGGCCCGCAGGCCAUCUCCAUCGGCAAGAACUGUGACAAGUUUGGAAUCGUGGUGCAUGAGCUGGGCCACGUCAUCGGCUUCUGGCACGAGCACACGCGGCCCGACCGGGACCGCCACGUCUCCAUCGUGCGCGAGAACAUCCAGCCAGGACAGGAGUAUAACUUCCUGAAGAUGGAGGUCCAAGAGGUAGAGUCCCUGGGGGAGACCUACGAUUUUGACAGUAUCAUGCACUAUGCCCGCAACACAUUCUCCAGGGGCAUCUUCCUGGACACCAUCGUUCCCAAGUACGAGGUGAAUGGGGUGAAACCUCCCAUCGGCCAAAGGACUCGGCUCAGCAAGGGGGACAUCGCCCAGGCCCGCAAGCUCUACAAGUGUCCAGCCUGCGGAGAGACCCUACAAGACAGCACAGGCAACUUCUCCUCUCCUGAGUACCCCAACGGCUACUCGGCCCACAUGCACUGUGUAUGGCGCAUCUCCGUCACACCUGGGGAGAAGAUCAUUCUGAACUUCACAUCCAUGGACCUGUACCGUAGCCGCCUCUGCUGGUACGACUACGUGGAGGUCCGAGAUGGCUUUUGGAGGAAGGCGCCCCUCCGAGGCCGCUUCUGCGGGGGCAAACUCCCUGAGCCUAUCGUCUCCACCGACAGCCGCCUCUGGGUUGAAUUCCGAAGCAGUAGCAACUGGGUCGGGAAGGGCUUCUUUGCCGUCUAUGAAGCCAUCUGCGGGGGAGAUGUGAAAAAGGACAAUGGCCACAUCCAGUCGCCCAAUUACCCCGACGAUUACCGGCCCAGCAAAGUCUGCAUCUGGCGGAUCCAGGUGUCCGAGGGCUUCCACGUGGGCCUCACCUUCCAGUCCUUCGAGAUUGAGCGCCACGACAGCUGCGCCUAUGACUACCUGGAGGUGCGCGACGGGCACAGCGAGAGCAGCACCCUCAUCGGGCGCUACUGCGGCUACGAGAAGCCUGAUGACAUCAAGAGCACGUCCAGCCGCCUCUGGCUCAAGUUCGUCUCGGACGGGUCCAUUAACAAAGCCGGUUUUGCUGUCAACUUUUUCAAAGAAGUGGACGAGUGCUCUCGGCCCAACCGUGGGGGCUGUGAGCAGCGGUGCCUCAACACCCUGGGCAGCUACAAGUGCAGCUGUGACCCUGGGUACGAGCUGGCCCCCGACAAGCGCCGCUGUGAGGCUGCCUGUGGCGGAUUCCUCACCAAGCUCAACGGCUCUAUCACCAGCCCGGGCUGGCCCAAGGAGUACCCGCCGAACAAAAACUGCAUCUGGCAGUUGGUGGCCCCCACCCAGUACCGUAUCUCCCUGCAGUUUGACUUCUUCGAGACCGAGGGCAACGACGUGUGCAAGUACGACUUCGUGGAGGUGCGCAGUGGACUCACAGCUGACUCCAAGCUGCACGGCAAGUUCUGUGGCUCUGAGAAGCCCGAGGUCAUCACCUCCCAGUACAACAACAUGCGCGUGGAGUUCAAGUCCGACAACACCGUCUCCAAAAAGGGCUUCAAGGCCCACUUCUUCUCAGACAAGGACGAGUGCUCCAAGGACAACGGCGGCUGUCAGCAGGACUGCGUCAACACCUUCGGCAGCUACGAGUGCCAGUGCCGCAGCGGCUUCGUCCUGCACGACAACAAACACGACUGCAAGGAAGCCGGCUGUGACCACAAGGUGACAUCCACCAGCGGCACCAUCACCAGCCCCAACUGGCCUGACAAGUACCCCAGCAAGAAGGAGUGCACCUGGGCUAUCUCUAGCACCCCCGGGCACCGGGUCAAGCUGACCUUCCUGGAGAUGGACAUUGAGUCCCAGCCCGAGUGUGCCUACGACCACCUGGAGGUGUACGACGGGCGUGACGCCAAGGCCCCAGUUCUGGGCCGCUUCUGUGGCAGCAAGAAGCCCGAGCCGGUCGUGGCCACGGGCAGCCGCAUGUUCCUGCGCUUCUACUCCGACAACUCGGUCCAGAGGAAGGGCUUCCAAGCGUCCCAUUCCACAGAGUGCGGAGGCCAGGUGCGAGCCGAGGUGAAGUCCAAGGAUCUUUACUCCCACGCCCAGUUCGGCGACAACAACUACCCCGGGGGCGUGGACUGCGAGUGGGUCAUCGUGGCAGAGGAAGGCUACGGGGUGGAGCUCGUGUUCCAGACCUUCGAGGUCGAAGAGGAGACGGACUGUGGCUACGACUACAUGGAGCUCUUUGAUGGCUACGACAGCACAGCCCCCAGGCUGGGGCGCUACUGUGGCUCAGGGCCCCCUGAGGAGGUGUACUCGGCGGGGGACUCUGUCCUGGUGCGGUUCCACUCUGAUGACACCAUCACCAAAAAAGGCUUCCACCUGCGCUACACCAGCACCAAGUUCCAGGACACACUGCACAGCAGGAAGUGACCGCUGCCCUUGCGCGUCGGCGGGGACAGGCGGGGACACCAGGCCUGCUGCCCCCAGUCACCUGGACCGGACGGUGGGGGCACCCCGUCCCCACCCCCCGAUGGUCUGGAUGAGGCUGACCUCAGGAGGCAGGGACUUGGACUCCUUCAUGAGCCACUUCCCCAGAUCCCUCCCCCACCCCUGGCCCUACCAGAGCAAGGGCCCAGGGCCAGGGAGCCAGAGCUUUCACUGAGACACUUGAAGUGGCCAUUCCUCUGUGGGGGCCGGCCGGUGGGGGAGGGUCUGUCAGCGGGACCCUCCUGCCCACCUCUGCGUGCUGGAUUGUGUAUAGCUGGUGCAUAUCUUCCUUGUAAUAUACAUGUCCCGGCCCUUCCCCAGCCUCCCUUGGUUUUAUUUUGAGCCCUCACUUCCCACCGUUUCCUGGGGCGUGAGUUUCCGUACGCGUCCCACAGGAGCACAGUGGGGAGAUGAAGGGGAAGGGUGGGGAAGGAGACAGGGCUUCUCUCAGGCCCAGUGGCUGGUCGGCCACACCAGGGCAUCCCAGCCAAUAAACCGAAAGUGUUAC